AAUUCAGCGUAGUAGUCAAUCUUGCGUCAUCAGUCUGUCAUGUAGGAAGCUAGCAGCACAUCACAACGGAGAGAGCUUGGGAUGGCGGGGGAGAAGAGCGAAGAGGACACCGUUUCAGAGUACCUGGGCCAGAACCCCGAGCUGGCCCAAUGGGUCGACACUUUCAGGAGCUACUGCGAGAGCAACAAACAGUGGGUAGCUCGUAGAGAGUUCAUACUUAGAAACAUGGAGGCUUUCCCCACAUUGGAGCACGGAGUCCCCAGCAGCAGUCUGGACAGGCUGCUCUCUCUGUCCAUGGUCUGGGCCAACAACGUUUUCCUGGGCUGCUACUAUCCACAGGCAGUAAUGGACAAGAUCAAGGAGAUGGGUGAUGGGAUAGUUGUCCAAGAUGCCCCAGUUCAUAAAACGACACAAGAUGGAAUCCAGGGCAGAGGAAAGCGGAGUGCCACAACUGAGGGUGAAUCUGACAGCGGUGGGAAGAGAGCGAAAUCCUCGAGGAAAUCAGGCCCUCUUCCACAGGCUCCAGCAGAGCACCAGCCCUUCUUUAACCGCCUCUACAAGGCAGUGGCGUGGAAGCUGGUGUCCGCGGGUGGCUUCGGUCCAAACUUGGACCAUUUUGAAAUACUUCGUAGCUGUGUGGAGUCAUGUAAAGAGACCAUGGCCUGUGUGUACGUGCCACUGAAGGACAUCACUGGCCUCCCUGCAGGGCGCACACAGAAGGAAGGCCAUGUGUGUGAGAUUCGCUGUCAGACUGUUUACAUGGGGACAGGAUACGGGCGCGACGAGGCCGCCGCCAAGGCCAUGGCUUCCAAAGAGGCCCUAAAAGUCUUUCAGGGGCGCAAGGUGACAGUAAAGAUCUGCAGACGGAGGUACAAAGGGAAAGAUGUGGAGGAUUUGGUGUUGUUGGACGAGCAGCCUCGGAGUCAGGGCUUUCCCCCCGCACUCAGCUACCCCUUUCAGGACGAGCAGCUGGAAGAAGGGUCUUCAUAGAGCGGAGAAUUUGUGACGUUUGUCGGAAGCAUGGGAUGUCGACUGAAUGGAGCUGCUGAAGGAAUCCACGACCGUUUGACUUGGGAAGCAUUGAAUGACAUUCAUUUUCCCAAUGCAUCCACAAUACUUUGUCAGAAAAAAACCGGGUUACAUCACCAAAACACUGUCAUACUGUAUUGACAACAUUUGCAACCGCUGUCAGUUUUAUAGACAGUGAACAGUGUAAGAAAGGGCGUGGAAUGGAGCAUGUGCCAUCAUUUAAAAGUCAAACAGCCAUAUUGGCAAGAAGCAGGAGUCAAACCGUUAUAGAGUUAUAACAAACAAAGGAUACUCUUUAGAAUUGUAGGAGAAUGUAUUGCGUUAUUUUGAUGUGAUCGUCCCAUCAUAACUUUUCUGGCCUUAUUGUUCAAAGUUGCGUGUAUAUAUGUCUCCUCUUUGUUCACUCCUGUUGUGACAGGUAUUGUUCAGGUGAUUUUAUCCUGGGAAGGCCUUUCUCUUUUCCUUUUUUGGUUUGUUAAGGGUUCCACUGCUCAGUUACAAGAAAAACAAAAGUCAAAUCGAUAACAAAAAUAAGAAUAGGUUAAUAUUAUCAUUUUUUCAUUCUUUUUCAACCAUAAGUGACUGACAUCAACAUUAUUUUUUAAAUGUCACCCAUUAACCAUUGCCUUUUACGAUGUUUUGAUUACAUUCUCAUUCCUAAAGACCCACACUUGAGUUGUUAAAAGGCAGGAAAGUUUCUCGGUAGAGUUAUUUGCUGACACCAAAAUGUAAUUCAAAUGUGUCCUACUUGUGUGUUCAUGCUGAGUAUGUGCUUUCAACGUUAUACUAUAAGGAAUUGACUGAAUAUUUUUUAUUUUCAUUGCAGUAGGUUUAAUGAGAACUUCCUAAUUCAGUACCCAUUGUACUGUACAUAGAUGUAUUAGAAGCCACCACUUUAAUUUUUAUUUCAUUAUUUUUCUUCACUGAUUUAAAAUACACUGUGACCCACACAAUGUUCAAAGUAUUGUGGUGUCAUAAUCAAGAAAAUUCAUUGAAACACAGUUUGAUGCAGUGUAUACAGUUGUGAUGGGUUUUGGGGUUAAAGUGCUGCUGUGAUGUGUGAUUUAAUUUGUGUAUUGUUUUUUUCCAGUUUGAGUUGAAGGUGAACAGGGUUGCAAUGAUGUGUGAAUACCCACACUGUCUCAUGUUGCUGUACUGUUUCUAUAUAUUUUUAAAUAAACAUCAUUUAACCAAGUAAA